CGACCGCCCGCCCCGCCGAGACCGAGCGGAACGACCGCCACACCAACGAUGGAGACAAAGACAAAGAAGUUGGCGCCAUGUCGCGUCGGUUGGAAGAGCUCAGCGAGGACGCCCUCGUGAGUGGCGGUCGCCGCGCGCAAAAGGCCGCCGAAGAAGCCGGCUUCUCCGAGGAGCUGCGGCAAAAGCUUGAAGAACGCAUCGCGGGCGCCGACUUCAAGAACACGUACGCGCGGGAGCUGUCACAGGCGAAUCUGCCGUCAUACGCGGGUAAGGGGACGCGUGACCUCGCGGGGGCGCAGCACUGGACGGGCGAGGAGAGCGUCGAGGACGCGAGUUUGCGCAUGCUGAACGAUUCGAUGGUGAAGCCGAUGAGGACAAAGCCGCGGGUACCGGGUGUACCGACGCCGAAAAAGGUAGAUACUGGACGCCCUGCCCCUGGAGCGGCGGCUUCGAAGGGUGUGAGACUCGCGAAUGCACGGGAUCAGACGUCAGUGUAUAGUGCGCUGCGGGAUUCGAGCAUGACGGACGAGGAACGCGAGAAGUUUAGAAGAGAGAUGCAGGAGCGGUUUCAGUCGCAUGGGCGCACAGCGGCGUGGAGCGUGCGGGCGCUGGAGUCGUUGGCCAACGAGCGGAUUGAAGACGCGAUUGCACGGGGGCAGUUCAGGAAUAUCCCGCGUGGUCAGAAGAUCGAGCGCGAUUACAAUAUGGGGAACCCGUUCCUGGACACGACGGAGUACUUUAUGAACAAAAUUAUUCAGAAACAAGAGAUCGUGCCGCCAUGGAUCGAGAAGCAGCAGGAACUGGUGGGCAAUGCCAGCCGAUUCCGUUCAAGGCUGCGGAAUGACUGGCGCAGACACGCGGCGCGCAUGAUUGCGAGCAAGGGAGGGACGCUGGAUGCGCAGAUCCGGCGUGCGCAGGCGUACGCCGCAGCGGAGAAAAUAUUCAACCCCAAGGCGCCAAAGCAGGAAACGCUCAACGCCGUCAACGACGAAGGGCAUCUGAGUCAGAUCACGCUGUCGGGCGAGCUCAAAGCGUCGCCAGUUCCCGACCCGGACGAGCCCGAGGAAGUCACCGUCACGGCCACGUCCGACGUAGGCGCCGCACCUACGGACGCGCAGGCCAUCGAAGUCACCACCAUCACGGCGCUGGAGACCACCACCAACAGCACGCCCGGGCCCACGCCAGCAGCGAUCCCAGCGGCAGACCACCCCUUCCGCGACGCGGACUGGGAGGCCGCGGAGCACUCGUACCUGACGCUCGCGGUAAAGGAGCUCAAUAACCUGACGCGCUCGUACAAUCUCAUGGCGCCGGACCUGGCAAAGAAGCCGUAUUUCUCUCUAGAGCGGGAGCUGCGGGCCGCGUUUGCGGACGUGGCACCACAGGUGGCGGAGGAGAUACAGAACCGGGCAACGCGGGCACCGGCAAGGACAUUGGGAGGAAAAGGGAAUGUGCGGAAGGGGGGUGUCAUGGAGAGGCUGAGUGGGCCUGAGGUCAAGGUGUAUGAUGAGGUGAGACCGCAGUACGGAUUCAAGGAAUUCUGGAGGGAUUUGUUUCGGAAGGGUGAGUAGAGCUAGGGCGUGGUUGUAGAGUAGAUAUUGUAUUCUGUUAUAUCGUGGCUCGUCAGCUAUGGAGUACAAACGCAGCAGCACCCCACCAAUCAAUGCCAGGUCUGCAGCUGCUAAGCUCCGCUGAUCAUCACCAUCACACGGGGAGUCAGCGUCCGGCAGUUUCCAGAGACCAGGAUUCACAAGCCACCACUACGCACGCCAACACCACCAUCUACCUCACCGCAUGGCGC